AUGAGGAACUUGAACUUUGAUGGGGAUGAACCAUCGACUGAUAUUUUCUAUGAUCCAUAUACUCAAACAGAUGCACGGUUAAAAGAAGGAGACAGAUUUCGUUCAAAGGAGGCAUGUAUCAUGGAUAUAAAAAGAUUUCAUAUGGCAAACAAUGUUGAUUUUAAAGUUGAUCGCGCCAACGUUGAGAGAUCGUGUGUUAACACAAAUGUUUCACAAGAUCACCGUAAGCUAAGUUAUGAUAUUAUAUGUCAAGAAAUCUUGCCUCUAGUUGACAAAGAUCCAUCGUUAAAGGUGAAAACGAUAAUCUCUCAUAUCGUUGCAACUUACAAUUACACUCCGUCUUAUAGAAAGGCGUGGCUGGCGAAGACCAAAGCGAUCGAACUUGUGUAUGGAAAUUGGGAGGAUUCGUACAAACGACUCCCACGUUUCUUAUAUGCGCUUCAAAUUUAUGCUCCUGGAACCGUUACUAUUUUAGAGACCCUUCCGGCGCAAUCUCCAGACGGAACGUGCCUUCAAGGAAAUGUGAUAUUCCACAGGCUUUUCUGGGCUUUCCGCCCAUGUGUUCAAGGAUUUGCGUAUUGCAAACCAAUUAUUCAAAUAGAUGGCACUUGGUUGUACGGAAAAUAUAAAGGGACCUUGUUGAUGGCUGUGGCACAAGACGGAAAUAAUAACAUUUUUCCUGUUGCGUUCGCUCUUGUGGAAGGAGAAGCUGCUGGAGGUUGGGGUUUCUUUCUCAGAAAUCUUCGGACACACGUUGCCCCCAACCUGGACUCUGUUUGA